GGCCAGGAAAGCCUCGUAUGUCUGGCUGGGAGAAUGGACGUCAUUCUUUACAGCCCUGCAGGCACCACUCAGUGACGACCAGAGCUAAAUAAAGGCUGCUGCGUAAAUGAAGGUGUCAUAGAUGAAGGGCGGGGCGGGCGCGGUUGCUACGGGUGCUCGCGCGGCAGGGCUGCCACAAGUGUUUGGGCUCCGGCUCGCGCUGGAGCCUCCGCACGUCAUGUCCCUGCUGCGCCUCUGGACCCCACGGGUCCUUCUCACGUGGCAGUCGUUGUGGCUGCUGGUCCAGGCAGCUCCGCUUCCGGAGUGGGCCUGGAACCUCGUCCCGCUCACCUUCGAACCCCGAGGACCGACCGACCGCCGGUCUUCCCGCUCCUCUGAUCUCCCACCCGAGUCGCCCCCUGCGCUUACACCCUCCGCAGACCCCGAGGGCUUUGCUUACCUGGGGUCCUCUGCUUCUUCCCAGAUGUUGGCCCCGCCUCAGGAGUUGACUGAGACUUCGGCUCCAUUCCUGGACACGCAGUCAGCUCAAGAGCUGCUUCCAGGGCGAGAUCAGUUUGCUGUUCCACAUCGGGAUCUGAAUGACAAGCUGACUCAACGACAAAGGCUCCCGGAGGAGGUUCCAGUGCCAGGUUGGGAUCAGACUCAAGUCCUACCUCUGCCUCCUCAACUCAGAAGUAAGAUUCAAGCUGUAGGUCUAGAUCAGGCUGCAGAUCACCAGGCAUCAGAAAUACUUGUUCCACCUCUAGAUAGUCGGAGUUCAAAACCAACAAGGUUUAUUAUUUCACCAAAGAUCCUGAAGAAAUAUCUAGCUCAGCAUCGACGGCUUGCUAGGGUGGCUGUUGGAACUUCAAAUCAAUUUGCAUCAAAACCUCAACAUCAAAAACAAACUCUACAGGAUGAUGAUUAUCUAGAUCCAAGUAUGGAUAUAGUUUAUCCUGGCGGCCUACCUCUGGAACUUCCAGAGAACUUAGAUGAGCCUGCAGGGCCACCUGAACUUUCUCAAUUCCAUCUAGAGGAUGAAACUCAAAAUCCAGAAACCACUGAGGAAAUCCAAUCUUCUUCACUCCAAGAAGCCCCAGAACAAUCCGCUGAGGAGGCAGAACUUUCUUCAAACCAGCAGGAGGCCCCAGCUCAGCAGCUACCUGAUACUGAAGAGGUUGUAGCUCAGCCAUCAAUACAUCGUGAAGUAAAUGUUCCAUCUCCAAGUUGGACUGAAGGUCACCACUCAGUCUUGUCCAAAGUCACAGUUAAACAUGUGGAUCUGGAGGUUACCAUAACUCCAGAGCCAGGUAACAACAUUGAACCUACUCCAAGUCAGCAGCAGGCCCCAGCUCAGCCUCCAGAGCACCAUGACGAGGUAGAACCUUCCUCAACCCAACAAGAGGCCCCAGCUCCUCAGGAGGUAGAACCUUCCUCAACCCAACAAGAGGCCCCAGCUCCUCAGGAGGUUGAACCUCCCUCAACCCAACAACAAGGCCCAGUUCAAAGACCAGAGCUCCCUGAGGAGGAUGAACCUUCUGCCGCCCAGGAGGAGACUCCAGCUGAGUCUCCAGACUUGCCUGUGGAGACUGAACCUUUCCCCAGUGAGCAGGAGCAGCCAGCUCAGCCUUCUGAAAUUCCUGGAGAGAGUGAACCUUCUGAAACCCAGCAGGAGGCCACAGCUCAAACUCCAGAGUCCCCUAUGGACAGUCUAGCUCAAAGUCCACCAAAUCAUGAGGUGACGAUUCGACCUUAUCAUUAUAAUUUGCCCUAUAUAACAGUUAAACCUCCGGAUACAGAGGUUACCAUAACUUCAGAGCCUACCAAGGAGACUGAACCUUUUCCAGCCGAGCAGCAGGCCCCAGUUGAGCCUCCAAAGGAUCUUGAGGAGGUGGAACCUUCUGUCACCCAAGAGGAGGCCCCAGCUGAGUCUCCAGGCUUUCCUGUGGAGGCUGAACCUUUCGCCAGUGAGCAAGAGCAGCCAGAUCAGCCUUCUGAGUCUCCUGAGGAGAGUGAAUCUUCUCAGACCCAGCAGGAGGCCAUAGAUCAAGCUCCAGAGUCCCCUGUGGAGAGUAUACCUCAAAUUUCACAAAAUCACGAGGUGACAGUUCAACCUGAUCAUUAUAACUUGCCCCCUGUUACAGUUAAACCUCCGGAUGUGGAGGUUACCAUAACUUCAGAGCCUACCAAGGAGACUGAACCUUUUCCAGCCCAGCAGCAGGCCCCAGUUGAGCCUCCAAAGGAUCUUGAGGAGGUGGAACCUUCUGUCACCCAGGAGGAGACCCCAGCUGAGUCUCCAGGCUUUCCUAUGGAGGCUGAACCUUUCGCCAGUGAGCAGGAGCAGCCAGCUCAGCCUUCUGAGUCUCCUGAGGAGAGAGCCAGGAGGAGUUAUAACUUGCCCCCUGUUACAGUUAAACCUCCAGAUGUGGAGGUUACCAUAACUUCAGAGCCUACCAAGGAGACUGAAUCUGCUCCAGCCCAGCCAGAGGCCCCAACUGAGCCUCUAGAACAUAUUGAGGAGGUUGAACCUUCUGCCACCCAGGAGGAGAUCUCAGCUGAGUCUCCAGGCUUUCCUGUGGAGGCUGAACCUUUCGCCAGUGAGCAGGAGCAGCCAGCUCAGCCUUCUGAGUCUCCUGAGGAGGGUGAAUCUUCUCAGACCCAGCAGGAGGCCAUAGCUCAAGCUCCAGAGUCCCCUGUGGAGAGUACAGCUCAAACUCCACUAAAUCAGGUGGUGGCAGUUCAACCUCAUCGUUAUAACUUGCCCCCUGUUACAGUUAAACCUCCGGAUGUGGAGGUUACCAUAACUUCAGAGCCUACCAAGGAGACUGAAUCUUCUCUAGCCCAGCCAGAGGCCCCAACUGAGCCUCUAGAACAUAUUGAGGAGGUUGAACCUUCUGCCACCCAGGAGGAGAUCUCAGCUGAGUCACCAGGCUUUCCAGUGGAGGCUGAACCUUCCCCCAGUGAACAGGAGCAGCCAGCUCAGCCUUCUGAGUCUCCUGAGGAGAGUGAACCUUCUCAGAGCCAGGAGGAGGCCAUAGCUCAAGCUUCAGAGUCCCCUGUGGAGAGUCUAGCUCAAAUUCCACCAAAGCAUGAGGUGACACUUCAACCUCAUCGUUAUAACUUGCCCCAUGUUACAGUUAAACCUCCGGAUGUGGAGGUUACCAUAACUUCAGAGCCCACCAAGGAGACUGAAUCUUCUGCACCCCAGCUGGAGUCUCCAGCUCAGCCUUCAGAACAUCAUGAGGUGGAACCUCCUCCAAUCCAGCAGGAGCAACAAGCUCAGUCUCUAGGGCAUCAUGAAGUAACAGUUUCACCUCCAGAUAACUAUCAAACUCAGCAUUCAGACUUGCCCAAUGUGGUUACAUCUCCAGGUCAGCAGUUCACCACAGCAGGAGAGCCUACUACACAGGUGGGAACUUCUCCAGUCCACCAAGAGACUACACCUCAGCUCUCAGGGCAAGUCAAUGAUGUGGAACCUUCUUCAACCCAGCAGGAGGCCCCAACUCAGCCUUCGGAGCUCCCUAAUGAAGUUGUAGCUCAACCUCCAGAGCAUCAUGAGGUAACAGUUUCUCAAGUUCAGCCUCUAAUGUUACACAAUGUCGCCAUAAAACCUGUGGAUCAUGCGGUUACCACAACUCCUGAGUUCACUAAUGAAGUUGAAAUUCCAACCCAACAGGAGGCCCCAGCUCAGUCUUCAGUGUCCCCUCAGCAGUUUAAACCUUUGAAAGGCCAAGCAGAGGUUAUAAUUCACCAGCCGAACUUCCCUGAAAAGGAUGAACAUUCUCCAGUUUAUCAAGGGGUCCCAACUCAGCCUGAAGAGCUUCCUGAAGAACCAUAUCAAAGCGGGAAAGAAACCUCAGCAUUACCUCAAGAGCCCACUGUGGGUGUUGGACCUUUACCAGGCCAGCAGCAGCACACAACUCAGCCUUCAGCAUCCUAUCCAGUUUUUGCUCCAAUUAGUGAUACAAUGACAUUUUCACCUCUAGAUCUGUCUAUGAUUUUCAGAGGUCAUUCAACAUUGCCUAAAACUACAGUUAAAUAUGUGGAUUUGGAGAUUACUAUCACUACAGCAGAGCCCACUAAAAAUGCUGAGCCUUACUCGGGCCAGUGGGAGGGCACUUCUCAGUCUACAGUUUCCACUGAACAGUCUGAAUUUUCUGCACCCCAGUCUGAUCCCUUUUCCCCACUUCAGGAUCCCUCCUAUAUGUUUGUAACUUCUGUAGCCCAGCAAGAGGCCACAGCUCAGCCUCCAGAUCACUCUAAGGAAUUGAUACGUUAUCCAGUCCAACAGCAGACCCCAGCUGAGCUAACAGCGUCCCCUAAGGAGGUUGAACCAUCUGGGACCCAGUGGGAAGCCUUGGGCCGUCCUCCAAAGUCCGCUGAAGAGGUCAGACCUUCUCCACCUCAGCAGGAGUUUCCAGCUCAGCCUUCAGAGCCCCCUAGGGAGGUUGUAGCUCAGCCUUCAGUGAAUUAUGAGAUGACAGUUCCAUCACCAGGUCAGGAUCAAGCCCAGUAUCCAACAUUGCCCACUGUCACACUUCAACCUUUGAACAUGCAGCUUACCAUAACUCCAGAACCCACUACAGAGGUUGAACUUUCUCCAGCCAUGCAGGAGACCCCAACUCAACCUCCAGAGCCACCUAAGGAAGUUGUUGUAGCUCAACCCCGAAUAUCUCAGGAGAUGACAGUUCCAACACUAGGUCAGGAUCAAGCACAGUAUCCAACGUCACCCAGUGUCACAUUUCAACCUUUAAACCUGGGGCUUACCAUAACUCCAGAACCCAGUAUACAGGCUGAACAUUCUACAGCUCCUCCAAAGCCCCCUGAGGUGGCAUUUCCACAUCUGGACCAGGUUCGGGCUCAGCAUCCAAACUUGAUUGAAGGCACUCUUCAACCUGUGGACCUGGAGCUUUCCAUUACUGAAGAACCCACUAUAGAUGUUGGACUUUCUCCAGUCAUGCAGGAGAUCCCAACUCAACCUCCAAAGCCACCUGAGGAAGGUGUAGUUCGACGUCCAGUAUUUCAAGAGGUGACACUUCCAACACUAGGUCAGGAUCAAGCUCAGCAUCCAGCAUCGCCCAGUGUCACAGUUCAGCCUUUGGAGCUAGCACUUACCAUAACUCCUGAACCCACUAUGAAGGCUGAACCUUCUAUAGCCCUGAUGAAGACUACAGCUCCUCCAAAGCACCGUAAGGUGAUAUUUCCACAUCUGGACCAGGUUCAAGCUCAGCAUAUAAACGUGACAGAAGUUAUACUUCAACCUUUUGAUCUGGGAUUUACCUUAACCUCAGGAUCUAAUAUACAGGUUGAAUCUUCUCCAGCCAUGCAGAUGACCCCAACUCAGCCUCCAGAGCUACCUACGGAGGCUGUAGCUCAACCUCCUGUGAAUUAUAAGAUACUAGUUCCAACACCAGGUCAGAAUCAAACACAGCAUCUGAUGUCACCUAUUGUCACAGUUCAACCUUUGGACCUGGGGCUUACCAUAACUCCAGUGUCCACUACAGAGGUUGAACAUUCUGCAGCUCCUUCUUCAAAGCAUCCUGAGAUGACACUUCCACAUCCAGACCAGAUUCAGACCCGGCAGCCAAACUUGAAUGAAGUCACAGUUAAACCCUUGAACCAGGAAUUUACUGUAACUUCAGAACCCACUACAGAGUUUAAACCUUCUCCAACCAUGCAGGAGACCCCAACUCAGCCUCAAGAGCUGCCUAAGGACAUUAUAGCUCCUGUGUAUUAUGAUAUAUCAGUUCCAACACCAAGUCAAGCUCAAGCUCUCCAUCCAGUGUCACCCAGUGUCACAGUUCAACAUUCGCACCUGGAGUUUACCACGAUUUCAGUAUCCACCACGCAGGCUGAACAUCCUGUCACCCUGGAGAAGGCUGUAGCUCCACUUCCAGACCAGGUUCAGACUCUGCCUCCAAACCUGCCUCAAGUUAGAGCUCGACCUUCUGUGAUGAAUUUUACUGUAAAUAACAUCUCAGAACAGAGUACCACCAACAUAUGUGAGCUCUGUACCUGCAAAGAUGAGACAAUGUCAUGUGUUGGUCUCAGCCCAAAGCAGAGGCUCCGCCAAGUGCCUGUGCAGAAGCCUGAUGUCUAUAAUGGCACCUUCACUGUCUUAAAUUUCCAAGGAAAUGCUAUUUCUUACAUUGAUAAGAAUGUCUGGAAAUCAUACUCUUGGACUGAGAAACUAGAUUUAUCCUGCAAUAAAAUCCAGUUUAUUGAAAGAGGAGCAUUUGAAUCACUACCAUUUUUGGAGUUUCUAAAUCUUGGUUGCAAUUUACUCACAGAACUCAGCUUUGGAACAUUUCAGGCUUGGCAUGGAAUGCAAUUUUUACACAAGUUAAUUCUCAAUCAUAAUCCUCUGACCACUGUUGAAGAUUCAUAUCUUUUUAAAUUGCCAGCAUUAAAAUAUCUAGAUCUGGGAACAACACAAGUCCCACUUACAACAAUUGAGAACAUCCUCAUGGCGACUCUUGAGCUGGAAAAACUGAUCUUACCUAGCCGUCUUGCCUGCUGCCUCUGCCAAUUUAAAAAUAAUAUUGAGGCUGUCUGCAAGACAGUGAAGCUACAUUGUGAGAAUUCAUGUCUGACAAACACCACAGAUUGUCUUGAAGAAGCAUCUCUAGGGAAUGUAGGAGGAUCUACGCUCAUGAAGGUAUUACAAGCCCGGAAGAAGCACACCAGCACUGAGCUGACUAUUGAGCCAGAGACACCCGCAGAUAAAAAUGGCAUCAGCUUGUCAGGCUUCACGAAUGAGCCGCUGGACUUCAAUGAUGAAAGCGAUGUUAUUAGUGCACUAAAUUACAUAUUGCCUUACUUCUCAGAGGGAAAUCUAGAAGAUGUAGAAUCAACGUUAUUACCGUUCAUUAAACUACUUUUUUCAAAUGUACAAGAUGGAGACAAGCCCCGGAGUUAUCUGAAAAACAAUACAAAGACCACCUCUCUUGAACCUGCAUUCCACAAUUCAACUUACACAAAUAAACUGAGGAAACUCUAUUUUCUAGAAAAUUUGUUAGAUGCAGAAAUUCAAGACAAAAUUGAUGAGGUUAAAAAGAAAGAAAAAACUGCCAUGCUUAUGCAGUCUAGCCUUUUCGGUCCCAAAUUUAAACGCCAAAUCUUUCCAAAAAAAUUGGAAACUCUUCAACCACAGGAAAGCAGCCUGGCACAGAUUGAGGGUAUAAGGAAAAAGAGGCAGAGGAUGAAGAUAGUCCUGAAGGGGCCCAAGGACAUAAGGAAAAAGGUCUUAGAAGAGGAGAGAAUCAGGAGGAAACAGAGUGCCUGGCCCAUUGCAAAGAAAAUUGCCGAAGCGAGAAGGCUUGGGAGACCAGUGCCCAGUGAACUGGAACAGCUUCACGCGGUACAGAGGCCCAGGAAGUUUGUGGAAAGCUCCUUCCACACCACGCCUUCGUUCACACAGGAGCAUAAGACAGCUGUCUCUUCUUUACAGAAACAGGACUCAGUGGGUGUGUCUUCUGCUCCCACCACUGCGAAACCCCCACCUGAGGUUAAAAACAAAUCAGAAGACUUGACCGACACCAUUUUUGUUUUAGAAGAUGCAAAUGCUAGAGUUAAAAGUAUGGAAGCUGGUCAGCCAAUCGUACAUUCCAGAAAAAAAUACCACUUUCAUAAAACUCAUUCCCAUGUGGGCCAUAGAACACCCAAGGCCAAAGUAAGUCAAGAGGUCAAAAAGGAAAGUUUGCUCAAAAGAUUGAUAUGGAGGCAAAACAGGCCUCCAUUCUCUCCAGUAAGGAGCCUCAUAAAUUCCCCUUCACGUGAAGCUUUUUCAUCUUCAGGAGAUCCGAGUCCUCAAGAGAAUCCUUUACCUGAAUUACUUGCUCUUUCACAACCUUCUAUGGAAAACAUUAGUACAUCCGCUGACGGAAAUACUUUUAAAGACAUUUCUGUAGAAAACGUUGCUGUGCCCCAAGUAACCUUACCUGAAAGCACAACCUACAAGAAUCCUUCUGCUGCAGAGUCCACUGGGGCUGCAUUCAACAUAAUACCAGCGGUUAAAGAAGCCAAUGAAACCCAAUGGGAAUACCACAACAUGGGCACUGACUCAACCCCCAUGCCCAAAAGCUUGACUUAUCCACUGCUCUCGUCCCCAGGUGAUCAGUUUGAAAUUCAGCUAAACCAGCAGCUACAAUCCCUCAUCCCCAACAACGACGUGCGAAGGCUCAUUGCUCACGUCAUCCGGACUUUGAAAAUGGACUGUUCUGAGAGCCAUGUGCAGUUGGCCUGUGCAAAGCUCAUCUCUAGAACAGGCCUCCUGAUGAAGCUUCUCAGUGAGCAGCAAGAAGUAAAAGUAUCCAAGGCAGAAUGGGACACGGAUCAAUGGAAAACAGAGAACUAUAUCAACGAGAGCACAGAAGCCCAGAGCGAACAAAAAGAGCAGGAGUCCAGUGAGCUCACUAAAGAAGUUCCAGGAUAUGGCUAUAACAACAAACUAAUCUUGGCAAUAUCUGUUACUGUAGUAGUGAUGAUUUUGAUUAUAAUUUUCUGUCUCAUUGAGAUUUAUUCUCACAGAAGAGCGUCACAGGGAGAUUUAGAAGGAUCCUCAGGGAGGGGCUUUUUCUGGUUCUGGCGGCCACUUUGGCUUAGGGAUAUGUACAGACCUCUCAAUGCCACACGCCAGAAAAACAUGGCAGAGCAGCUGCACGACAAGGAGUCUUCUGAAGAGGAGGAGAUUUUCAACAAGGAUGCUGGGGAGCUCUCUGAAGUUGUAGUGACCACACCGGUGGAGUCGGCUACCGAAGCUGAGGAAAGUGAGAACCCGCCAGAGGAUGAGGGGGAUUGAUAGUGACCCAGCCCGCCUCAGGCCUCCUGCAAAUAAAUUUUUUAUAUAUUAUA